GUUUCAAAUGGUCAGUCCACCCCUGGCCGCGUUUUGCACAGGCAUUUGAAUGGACUCCCGGCCCGUGACACGCAGGAAGGAAGUCCCUACACUUCUUUGGAAAACACAGCCUGCACAGGAACCUCAGUUCCCAGUAUGGUUGCGUUUUCCAGUGCAGGCGGCGUGCCAUUAAAAUUAAUGGCACCCGCCCGCGGGUCCACAUUUCUGUGCGGGUGGUGCGGCUGCACGGAUGUUCGUGUGGAUCCGCAGCGGCACCACCCACACAGAUGUGAACCU